UGUCCGGCGGAAAGGAUUUUAUUUUCCAAAUAAAUUGAUGAUUUUCGUUUAUAACAACGAAAUAUUGCUGAAUUCCUUCCGAUUGCAGUAAAUUACCAAGAUGCAGAACGGAGACGACGCGCCGGCAGUCACGGAAAACACCAAGAAGACCGUGCCAGAAGAAGUGACCAAACAAUCGUUCCGUAUCAAAGUAUGGAGGUACCUGGAGACCACAGGCCUGGCGAUGUUCCCUCGCCCGGUGUACAACCGUAUCCCUAACUUCAAGGGAGCCCCAGAGGCGGCCGCCAAAUUGGCUGAGCUGGAUAUUUUCAAAAAUGCCAAUACAGUCAAGGUCAACCCUGAUAAGCCACAGGAACCAGUCAG